AUGAGAGAAGUUCCUGAUAAGUCAUGGAUUGAUAUUCCUAUAUUUCAAAGAAGAGCGAAAGGUGAUACUCGAUAUCGAGACGGAUGGGAAACAUUCCUUGAGUAUGCAUAUGCUAAUCCGAGGAAGGUAGAUAAUGAUUUGUUGUGUUGUCCAUGUAGUAAGUGCAGGAAUAGGGGUCUGGUGGAUAGAGUUGCUAUACGAAGACACUUAGAAAGAUGGGGAUUUGAUGAAAAUUAUAAAUAUUGGAGUUUUCACGGAGAACGUGAAGAUAUUGAACUAGAUGAUACUAAUAUAGAAGAUACGCAAGCAAUGUUCAACGAUAUUCCAGCAGUUGCAGAAGUCAAUGAAGUUCAAGAAGUACCGGAGGCUGUUGAAGUUCCUGGAGAUGCAGAUGAUGUCCAAAAUACCGAAGAUGUGCGUGACACCCGGGCCUACAAAGACUUAAUGAAGUUAUUGGAAGACGACGAUAAGGAUCUGUAUGAUGGUUGCACUGAGUAUAGUAAAUUGUCAUUUAUUCUUCAACUGAUGCGUAUUAAGACCCUGAGCGGAAUGGCAGAUAAAUAUUUUCAAAUGCUUCUUAAUUUACUACGCAAGGUAAUUCCAGACGGAGAGAAUAGCAUUCCAGAAAAGUGUUAUGAUGCAAAUAAGAUUAUUGGUGCUUUGGGUUUAGAUUACAAUAAGAUCGAUGCUUGUCCUAAUGAUUGUGUCCUUUAUUAUAAGGAUAACGAGAAACUUGAGGAAUGUCCAAAGUGUGGAGUGUCUCGAUGGAGAAAGAAUACACGCACUUCAACCAGAAAGUCGAACGAGUCAGUGAAUCAACAGAAAAAAAUUCCAGCGAAGGUGCUCCGACAUUUUCCCUUAGUGCCUCGGUUGCAACGGCUGUAUAUGACAAAAAAGGUAGCUAAAGAAAUGCGGUGGCAUAAAGAAAGACGUGUAGAUGAUGGUAAACUAAGACAUCCAGCAGAUGCAAAGGCAUGGAAGCAUGUGGAUCAGACUUUUCCCUCAUUUGCCACAGAGUGCAGGAAUGUCAGACUUGGGCUAUCUAGUGACGGAUUCAACCCGUUUGGCAUUAUGAGUUCGGGAUGGUCUACUUGGCCAGUUGUGUUAAUGCCUUAUAAUUUGCCACCUGGUCUUUGUAUGAAGCAAUCAUAUAUGAUUCUUUCAUUAUUGAUACCAGGCAAACAUUCACCCGGUAAUGACAUAGAUGUGUUCAUGGAGCCGUUAAUUGAUGAGUUAAAACAACUCUGGGAUGAAGGGGUCCCAACAUAUGAUGCUCUUUCUUGUGAGUCUUUUAAUCUCCGUGCUAUUCUUAUGUGGACGAUUAAUGAUUUUCCAGCUUAUGGUAAUCUAUCUGGUUGGUCUACGAAAGGGACAUUCGCUUGUCCUGGGGGGAAAUGGGCAAAUAAGUUUGAUGGCCAAGAAGAGAAAAGAGGGGAGCCUCGUGAAAUGUCUGGAGAUGAGAUUGUAAACUUGUUUGAGGGAUAUCCUAAAUUCAAUUUUGGAAAGAGCCGAUUUACAAAAGAUGAAAUUCUUGCUCCGAGACACACUUCCAUCAUGAAGAGGGCACCCAAACGAAAGAGGCAAGUGCGGGGUUUAGAUGUCACACAUGCUCAGGAUUUGCCGACAGGAUGGACAAAAUUUAGUAUAUUCUUUCAGUUGCCUUACUGGCAUAAACUCAAACUCCGACAUAAUUUAGAUGUAAUGCAUAUUGAAAAGAAUAUAUGUGAUAACUUAUUAUCCACACUCCUUCAAGAUGGUAAGAAAUCAAAGGACGAUUUAAGGGCUCGGCAAGAUUUGAAUGCAUUGAACAUCCGACAUGAUCUGCAAGCACAAGAAGUAGCCAAUGGAAAAUUUGAUUUGCCUUCAGCUCGUAUUACAAUGUCAAAAGCUGAGAUGCAGAGAUUCUGUGAGGUUCUUAAGUCGGUGAAGUCACCAGAUGGUUAUUGCUCUAAUAUUUCAAAUAAUGUACAGGUGAAAGAGCGAAAACUUUUAGGACUUAAGACACAUGAUUAUCAUAUUCUUCUUCACCAAUUGCUUCCGGUAGCACUUCGUAACAACAUGGCCGAUGAAGAAUUAUGCUCCAAAGUGAUCAAUAUUGAUGAAUUUAAGGCACUAAAAGCAGAAAUGAAUGAAACCCUCUGCAAAAUGGAGAUAUUCUUCCCUCCAUCAUUUUUUACGAUCAUGGUCCAUCUCACACAUCAUCUUGUAGAUGAGGCAUUACUCGGAGGACCAAUAUUUGGGUUUCUUGAAACGCAUAAUGCGAAAUCAGUUAACUAUCGUUGGAUGUAUCCCAUGGAGAGAUAUUUGGGUUUCUUGAAACGCAUAAUGCGAAAUCGGGCUCAUCCUGAAGGUUUGAUUGCUGAUCAUUACGUGGCAAAUGAAUGUAUGAUGUUUACCUCUCGGUGUAUACAAGGUGUACAUACAACAAAUAAUUCUCUAAAUAGUAAUAGAGAUGGCACCUUUCAUGGAAGUACCAAGAUGAACAAAGACUAUUCCAGAAUAGACUUGAAUCAGGCUCAUGCCUUCUUAUUGCAGAACCUAGAAAUUUUUGAAGAUUACCGCAAGUAA